GGCGGCGGAGGCCUGAGCACUCAGAGUGGCAAUGGCGGCGGCUGUGGUGACGGCGGCAGCGGCGGCCCCGGUCCCGGCAGCCGGAGUGGAUGGCGCCUCCUCGGUGCACUGGUUCCGCAAAGGGCUGCGGCUCCACGACAACCCUGCGCUGCUGGCGGCCGUGCGCGGGGCGCGCUGCGUACGCUGCGUUUACAUCCUGGACCCUUGGUUCGCGGCCUCCUCCUCAGUGGGGAUCAACCGAUGGAGGUUCCUACUUCAGUCUCUGGAAGAUUUGGAUACAAGUUUAAGGAAACUGAACUCUCGCCUGUUUGUAGUCCGGGGACAGCCCGCUGACGUAUUCCCAAGAUUAUUCAAGGAAUGGGGGGUGACCCGCUUGACCUUUGAAUAUGACUCUGAACCCUUUGGGAAAGAACGGGAUGCAGCCAUCAUGAAGAUGGCCAAGGAGGCCGGCGUGGAGGUGGUGACUGAGAACUCUCAUACUCUCUAUGACCUGGACAAGAUUAUUGAGCUGAAUGGGCAGAAGCCGCCCCUUACCUACAAGCGCUUUCAGGCCAUCAUCAGCCGCAUGGAGCUGCCCAAGAAGCCCGUGGGCUCUGUGACGAGCCAGCAGAUGGAGAGCUGCAGGGCCGACAUCCAGGAGAACCAUGAUGACACCUAUGGCGUGCCCUCCCUCGAGGAGCUGGGGUUCCCUACCGAAGGACUAGGCCCAGCUGUUUGGCAAGGAGGAGAGACAGAAGCUCUGGCCCGCCUGGAUAAGCAUUUGGAACGGAAGGCCUGGGUUGCCAACUAUGAGAGACCCCGAAUGAACGCCAACUCCCUGCUGGCCAGCCCCACGGGCCUCAGCCCCUACCUGCGCUUUGGCUGCCUCUCGAGCCGUCUCUUCUACUACCGCCUAUGGGACCUGUAUAAAAAGGUGAAGCGGAACAGCACGCCCCCCCUCUCCCUGUUUGGGCAACUGCUAUGGCGAGAGUUCUUCUACACGGCAGCCACCAACAACCCCAGGUUUGACCGAAUGGAAGGGAACCCCAUCUGCAUCCAGAUCCCCUGGGACCGCAACCCCGAGGCCCUGGCCAAGUGGGCCGAGGGCAAGACAGGCUUCCCUUGGAUCGACGCCAUCAUGACCCAGCUGAGGCAGGAGGGCUGGAUCCACCAUCUGGCCCGGCAUGCCGUGGCCUGUUUCCUCACCCGCGGGGACCUCUGGGUCAGCUGGGAGAGCGGGGUCCGGGUAUUUGAUGAGCUGCUCCUGGAUGCAGAUUUCAGCGUGAAUGCGGGCAGCUGGAUGUGGCUGUCCUGCAGUGCUUUCUUCCAGCAGUUCUUUCACUGCUACUGCCCUGUGGGCUUCGGCCGCCGCACAGACCCCAGCGGAGACUACAUCAGGCGAUACCUGCCCAUAUUGAAAGGAUUCCCCUCUCGAUACAUCUAUGAGCCCUGGAAUGCCCCCGAGUCCAUUCAGAAGGCAGCCAAGUGCAUCAUUGGUGUGGACUACCCCCGGCCCAUUGUCAACCAUGCUGAGACCAGCCGGCUCAACAUUGAGCGAAUGAAGCAGAUUUACCAGCAGCUCUCCCGCUACCGGGGACUCUGUCUGCUGGCGUCCGUCCCUUCUUGUGUGGAAGACCUCAGCAACCCGGUGGCAGAGCCCAGCUCGGGCCAGACUGGGAGCAGUGCAGGCCCAAGAGCACUACCCAGUGGCCCAGCGUCCCCCAAGCGCAAGUUGGAAGCAGCCGAGGAGCCACCGGGUGAAGAACUCAGCAAACGGGCCAGGGUGGCAGAGGUACCCGCCCCAGAGCUGCCGAGCAGGGAUGUCUGAGACCGCAGCACUGUAGCUCCGUGAGUGAAGCCUGGGAGCCCGAGCAGCCGCCACGGCAGCAGAGUGCGACCUGCAGCAAAGCUGAUCACCGACGGAGACGGAGCGAACAUGUGUGCAUGUGUGUACGCGUGUGCGGGGGAAGGAGUGGUGUGCCUGUUUGCGUGUGCAUGCAUCUGUUUACACUCUUGUGAUUCUGAUCACUGCUUGGGCUGGAGGAGUACAUGUAGCAGCUUCGCCUCAGCCUCCAGACACGAGGCUGAAGGUCAUGGCAGUGACUUUCAGCCAGACCUGCCCCUGGGAGCCAGCUGCCUUGUCCAAAUAGAAGAGUAGUGGGACCCUAGCUGGGAUUCUGGCAUCUGCCCCACCCCACCCCACCCCUCUCUCAUCACAGCAGACUGAGGAGCGGGAGGGCGACAUUGCUGGCUUCUGUCCAGAGCAUAGGAUUCUAGAAGCAGCCAGGGCCCUGCAGUGUUCCUGCUUUAUGACGUGGAAGGCUGGGCAGGCUGGAGGAGACAGAUGCUGUCCAGAUACAAUCACCUGGUCUGGCUUCUUCCUUAUUUUAAAAUUUCCUGCCACUGGGUCCUCCAGAGCCCUCUCAGGCAUCUGGGACUGAGCGUGAGGCUGUAAACAGAUCUGAAAACUUGCCACCAUCAUAGGGAGGUACACCCAGAUAUCUGACUAGUGUGCCGUGUACACAGUACUGUAGACGCCAGCCUAAAAAGUGCAUCCACCUUUCUGGGGCUGAAAACCUCAGGUUAGGAAUUGAAUCCCAGCUUUUACUGUUCCUUCCUCAGAAGCUGAGCGCCAGCCUCAGCGCUGACUGUGGAGACUCAGUGCCUCCACCGGGAAGAAGCCAGGUUCGGGUGGCAGAAAGCCCCCUGGCUCCCCUGGCCGCACUGCAGCACCGCCACUGAGGUCAGCUGACACCCAGCUGGGAAAGCCAUUCUGUCCCGUGGUCUGUAGGCUUCUGGGGCCUGCCUGGGACUGAUCAGCAUCCAAGCUGCCAUAUCAGCUCUCCCAGUAGCUGGACACCAAGGACCCCGGCAGGUGUCCUCGGGUGGGAACUGCCAGGACAGUUGGGAAAUGUCCGAGUAGAGACCUCACCCAGCACACCAACCCUUCCAGAAGCAGCAGGUGGGAGGUUUGACCCAGAGAAGCCAAGGCCUUGCAUUCCAGGAGUGGCCUAGCCUCCCACCUCGACCCUCCCACUGUCGAAGGCCUAUGUUGAGAAAGACAUAAUGAAAAGGACUGUGUGGUCAGCUGGAGCAAGUCUUCCUUCCACCCUGUGGCCUGCACUUGAGCCACAAAGUGUGUGUGUUUGUGUGUGUGCGCGCACGUGCGUGCGUGUGUGUACGUACAGGUGCGUGUGUAACUGAGAGGCUAGUUGCUCUUUGGAUUUUUGUCCUCGUGUAACAUUAAGCUGGCCUCUGGGCCUUUUCCUCUCUACCUCCCCUGUGACCUUUCCCUAGCCUCAUAGCUGUUAACUGCCUUGGCCCUUGCCCUGUCCCUCGUUGUUCUUCUCUGUCCUCGGACCAGAACCCUGGGGUCAGGCCUCUGUUCCCUCAGCUGUCCAGCACCUUGACAGGCUUCUUCCUGAGAUGUCCUCAGGUUUUCUCAGCCAGAGAGCUGCUUUAGAGUCCAACUGUUGUAUGUAUGUCACCCCCACUAGAAAUGUCCCGUAAUCAUGUGGGGGAAGCAGGGCGCGGGUGAUGGUGUCUUUUCAGAGCAUUGAGUUGGGGUCUUCCCUGUUCCCCUAGCCCCAGCCAGAAAGAAAGAGAAUUGGGGGCUGUUGCCAGAAGAGGAGGAGAGCGAGUCUGGAAGGGCUAUUUUGAGAAACUGAGAAUGCCCGAGGGCUUGGGGCCAGAGUCAGGAUUUGUUUAGCAGCACCUGCAAAUACCAGGAUGUUUCCCUUUUCCUGCCUAUUAGAUGAUGGCCCUUUUCCCUGAGGUACAAGUUGGCGGGACCACCUCCCCCUCCUUCACCAUCCCUGGCAAGCUGGCCCAUUCCCAGUGGAAUAGAGCAGUCCACUCCUGGAGCUGGGAGGGUGGGGGUAAGGGGAGGGUGCAUCCAGUGGCCCAGAGCUCCACGAUGGCUUCAUGCCUCCCCUCUUCUGGCCCAGGUGUCCCCGGGGCUGCCACAGAACAUUGACCCAAAUCCUAAUCCAAGGGCCAGCAUGGGGAAGAGAUGGUCGCAGGCAAAAUGCACUUUAUACAGAGAUUUUCUUAUUACUGGGAAGGUGUGUUUCUCCCACAGUUUGUGAAUAUUCACUUGUUUCAUAAAUGUCUGAUCCUGUCUGAGCAAA